UUUUCAACAAGUGUUCAGCAUAACCUGAGGACCGAACGAUGAGUAACCAAAGAUUAUGCCAAGUAUUACCUGUGAGGCACCGAAGCUUCACUUGUCACAAAGGCCAUAAACAUAAAGACGAAGAUGAAGUUAAGGAAUGCAACAGACUUGAAGAGAGAAAACUGAAGGACGAAUUGAAGAAAACAAAGGUUACCCUCAUGAACAAAACAACAGACCGACAUGGGAAUGUCCAUGAACAGACAGUUGUGGUUGAAGGUGACAAAAGUAUCGUAAAUCAAAUAGGGAAAUCUGGUCAAUUGGCUCUUGAGGGUAAAAUAGAGAAAAAGAGCAAAGACAAAAAACAUUGAAACUGUUCUUCAAACUUGACAGAAUUUUUGGAUGUUGAAACAGAAACAGGACCAAAAACUUUGUUACCCUAAAAAUUAUAUACCUAAGUCAUGUCUCGAAGAUAUCUAUAAAUGGAUAAAUGAUAUGUAGCGAUUUAAAACGUGUUUAAAAAUGAUGUCUGAAUGUGUUUUUCAUACAAAUACAUCACUAAAAUGCUUUGUAUAUUAUAGGUUAGAUACUAUUUUACUUAUUUUAGAAGAAACGUCAAAUGCAUCUAACCGGCCUCGGGUGGACACCGGUCCAUAAUAAUGGAAUUACAUUAUAAUAACAAAGAAGUUUCACCAUUUUAAAUUAUUUUUCUUGCGAAUUUUACAAUAUUUGAGAAAAAGAUAUGCUUUUAUAAAUUUGUUGGAAAGGUAAACAUUUUAAAAGCCCUACUUACGUAUUCCUAGUUUACAUUCUAACCCAUGGCGCUACGCUGUUUAGUAACAAUUUCAGGUACGAAAAAGUUAAUAAAAUUAUGCUUGAAUUUAUUGCUUAUUUUGAUCGGAAGUAUGUCACAAUAUGGAGGCGUCCCACACCACCUUAAAUGGCAUCUUUUUUGACAAUAUUUAUACUCGCCAAUAUACAUGUUUCUCGUAGCAUCUGCAGUCAGGAACAUUCGAUUAUUUGCAAUAAAAAGUUGAGAAUGUAUUUAAUUCGUUGUUAAAUUAGUUUAGUGAUUUGUUUGUAUAAAAAGGUUUCUAUCUGGCCGCCAAAACGCAUCAUUUAAAAUAAGGUUACAGGCUGCAUUUAACAGUUUACUGUUUAGUAGUAAAAAAGGCCUUUAACUUACUUACUAGUAUGAUUUAGCGUUUAAAAUAUAUUUUGAAAAUAUUUUGACAUGCUUUUAUGGAUUAUUUUAUUGUGCUUGAUUAAAAGUAAGAAUAAAGAUAUUUUUUAUUGAUUUCUUUUUUAACGUUAGAGAAAAUCAAAUUGCUUAAAAUUAUAAACUUAACCUUGUUGUAUGU